CCUCCUCUCUUUGCUCCCUCCCACUUCAUUCACUUGCAAAUCAGUGUGUGCCCACAAGAGCCAGCUCUCCCGAGCCCGUAACCUUCCCAUCCCGAGCUGCAGUUUCAGCCGCGGCAGCGAGAACGGCUGAGCGGAGAACGGCUGAGCGGGCAACCGCGGCGGCGGCGGCGGCGGCGGCGGCGGCCGAGACAGGAGCAGCCUGGGCGGGUCGCUGGGUCUCCCCGGGAGCAGGAAGGCGAGCAGAGAUAUUCUCUGACAGCCAAGCCAAGAACAUUAAGGAAGAAAGGAGGAAUGAGGCUGGAUACAGUGCAGUGAGAAAAGACAUUUCAAGGAGAGGGGUACCUGCUACUCAGAGACUGGACUGUGGCAUCAGAAUGAGAACUUACCGAUACUUCUUGCUUCUCUUUUGGGUUGGCCAGCCCUACCCAACUUUCUCAACUCCAUUAUCUAAGAGGACUAGUGGUUUCCCGGCAAAGAAAAGGACCCUGGAGCUCUCUGGAAACAGCAAAAAUGAGCUGAGCCGUUCGAAAAGGAGCUGGAUGUGGAAUCAGUUCUUUCUCCUGGAGGAAUACACAGGAUCCGAUUAUCAGUAUGUGGGCAAGUUACAUUCAGACCAGGAUAGAGGAGAUGGAUCACUUAAAUAUAUCCUUUCAGGAGAUGGAGCAGGAGAUCUCUUCAUUAUCAAUGAAAACACAGGGGACAUACAGGCCACAAAGAGGCUGGACAGGGAAGAAAAACCUGUUUACAUACUUCGAGCUCAGGCUAUAAACAGAAAAACAGGGAGACCCGUGGAGCCCGAGUCUGAAUUCAUCAUCAAGAUCCAUGACAUCAAUGACAAUGAACCAAUAUUCACCAAGGAGGUUUACACGGCCACUGUUCCCGAAAUGUCUGAUGUCGGCACAUUUGUUGUCCAAGUCACUGCAACUGAUGCUGAUGAUCCAACCUACGGGAACAGUGCUAAAGUUGUCUAUAGCAUCCUACAGGGGCAGCCCUAUUUUUCAGUUGAAUCAGAAACAGGUAUCAUCAAGACAGCCUUGCUCAACAUGGAUCGAGAAAACAGGGAGCAGUACCAAGUAGUGAUUCAAGCCAAGGAUAUGGGCGGCCAGAUGGGCGGAUUAUCUGGGACUACCACGGUGAACAUCACGCUGACCGACGUCAAUGACAACCCUCCUCGGUUUCCCCAGAGUACAUAUCAGUUUAAAACCCCUGAAUCUUCUCCACCGGGUACACCAAUUGGCAGGAUCAAAGCCAGCGAUGCCGACGUGGGAGAAAAUGCUGAAAUCGAGUACAGCAUUACAGAGGGAGAGGGGCUGGACAUGUUUGAUGUCAUCACCGAUCAGGAAACUCAGGAAGGGAUUAUAACUGUCAAAAAGCUCUUGGACUUUGAAAAGAAGAAAGUGUACACCCUUAAAGUGGAAGCCUCCAAUCCUCACGUAGAACCCCGCUUUCUCUACCUGGGUCCGUUCAAAGACUCAGCCACGGUGAGAAUUAUGGUGGAAGAUGUAGAUGAGCCCCCUGUCUUCAGCAAACUGGCCUACAUCCUGCAAAUAAGAGAAGAUGCUCAGAUAAAUACGACAAUAGGCUCGGUCACAGCCCAAGACCCAGAUGCUGCCAGGAACCCUGUCAAGUAUUCUGUUGAUCGACACACAGAUAUGGACAGAAUAUUCAACAUCGAUUCUGGAAAUGGUUCAAUCUUUACAUCGAAACUUCUUGACCGAGAAACACUGCUGUGGCACAACAUUACAGUGAUAGCAACAGAGAUCAAUAAUCCAAAGCAGAGCAGCCGAGUACCUCUAUAUAUUAAAGUCCUAGAUGUCAAUGACAACCCCCCAGAAUUUGCUGAAUUCUAUGAAACCUUUGUCUGUGAAAAAGCAAAAGCAGAUCAGUUGAUUCAGACCCUACGCGCCGUUGACAAGGAUGACCCUUACAGCGGGCACCAAUUCUCGUUCUCUUUGGCCCCCGAAGCAGCCAGUGGCUCAAACUUUACCAUUCAAGACAACAAAGACAACACGGCGGGAAUCUUUACUCGGAAAAAUGGCUAUAACAGACACGAGAUGAGCAUCUAUCUCCUGCCUGUGGUCAUAUCAGACAACGACUACCCAGUCCAAAGCAGCACUGGGACAGUGACUGUCCGGGUCUGUGCAUGUGACCACCAAGGGAACAUGCAGUCCUGCCAUGCGGAGGCCCUCGUCCACCCCACGGGACUGAGCACGGGGGCUCUGAUUGCCAUCCUUCUGUGCAUCGUGACCCUACUAGUGACAGUGGUGUUGUUCGCAGCUCUCAGGCGGCAGCGGAAAAAAGAACCUUUGAUCAUUUCCAAAGAGGACAUCAGAGACAACAUUGUCAGUUACAACGACGAAGGAGGUGGAGAGGAGGACACCCAGGCCUUUGAUAUCGGCACCCUGAGAAAUCCCGAAGCCAUAGAGGACAGCAAAUUGCGCAGGGACAUUGUGCCCGAAGCCCUUUUCCUACCCCGACGGACUCCAGCAGCCCGUGAUAACACCGACGUCCGCGAUUUCAUUAACCAAAGGUUAAAGGAGAACGACACGGACCCCACCGCCCCGCCCUACGACUCGCUGGCCACCUACGCCUACGAGGGCGCCGGCUCGGUGGCCGAUUCGCUCAGCUCGCUCGAGUCGGUGACCACGGAUGGAGACCAAGACUACGAUUACCUUAGUGACUGGGGGCCUCGGUUCAAAAAGCUCGCGGAUAUGUACGGAGGGGUGGACAGUGACAAGGACUCCUAAUAUGAUAUGUUGCCUUUUUUUCAUUUUUCAGUACGACACUGAAAGAUGUGAAGUGGCUAUUUCUAUUUAUCCACUGCUCCGUGAAGGGUUCUCUGUUCUAUCCGUUCCAAAAGUAAAUGGCUGCAGUCCGUGUGGAUCCAACGUUAGAGACUUUUUUCUAGUACACUUUUAUGAGCUUCUAAGAGGCAAAUGUUUAUUUUUUAGUGCAUCCUGUUAACCAUAUCUGCCCAACAGGCGCUGGGCUGCAGGAGAGGAUGGUCGUCAUCUUUUCCCCUGUACUCUUAGGGCAAGUCUGAAACACAGCUCAAUGCCACUGGCCUGGUCUCUUACUACAUUGCACUGACUCAAGGUCAGCUGACUGCUCUGUACAUUUCACACGCUAAUGGGAUGAGGGAUUGUGCUUUAAUGAUUAAAAAAAAUACAGUUUUAGUAAAAGAAAUGAGGGAGGAGCCACUGUUCCUGGUGUAUCAGCUCACAAGGAGCUGAUGAACUAUAUAUGGGUGUGUAUUUCUGUCACAAAGAAUUUAAAAUGAUAUUUGCCCAUCCUGUUUGUCCUUCAUGAUCUUUUUUCGGCACCAAUGACUAUUCAAAACAUCAGAUCCACCAGUGUUUUGAGAUUCUCCUUCCUCUUUAGGAAAUGAUGCCAAUUAAACGGUAAUGUUCAAAAAGAACAACCAAAAAAAAAAAAUCUUAAUACGACCUCAUUCCUUGCCACUGGUUCAUAAGACAUGCGAAAGUUUGCUGUUGCAUCAUAUAAAGGGAAAGGAAAAAUAGCUAAUAGAUGUUAACAAAGGAAAUAUUUAGCAUAGUUUAAAGUUUGGGCCACCAAAUGUAUCAUGGAUCACUUGGAAUUAUUUCAGCCAUCAGUAGGCUAAUUACAAAUAAGUCUAAUCAUUUAAAAAGUUCUUGAAGGAACUUUUCUGAGACAAAGUUUAACUCCUUGUCUGUAGUUGUCAGUAUUAUUCUAAUAUAUUUGAAAGUAGCAGCGUGAAGUACAAUAACUCAUAUGCUUCAGAUACUUCUUACACAAUUAAAUUGCAUUAGUAAAAGUAGAUUAAACAAAACUCAGAUCCCUCUCUCAGAGUUAAAUGGGGAGGUAAGAGCCAGUCACACUUGAACUUGACACCCUGUCCUUCACAUUCAAAAAUAUCCAUAUAUUUAUAUAAUGUGAUAUAGAUGAAUAUUGAAAUCAUGGUGAAAACCUACAUAUUAUAUGUUUGGAAGACGCUCACAAAGGGAAAACUUGGAUUCCCUACAAGGGUAUUUAAGAUUGUAAUUAAAAUGAUAGCUGACUUUCAAAGCAUUAAAAUUUUUUCAUUGUUUUUAGCUUUGUUUCCAUGGCAACACUGCCAUCCUUGUCUUUGAACUAAUGAUAAAGUAAUGGUCUCAAACUACAAACAGAAAAGUAAUGUACAAUCCAUCGAAUCCAUUAUUUCUCUAAUUAUGCAAUUAGCGUCAUAGUUAUUAUCCAGAGGACCCAACUGAACUGAACUAAUCCUUUUGGCAGGUUCAAAUCAUUUAUUUCAUAUGCUGUUCUAAUGAUUUUUGUCAUUAGAAUCUUACAUUGUGCAGUCAUCAGAAAUUUCCAAAGUACUGUAAUGAAAACAUCCUUGUUUUGAAAACUUAAAAAAAAAACAGGUUCUGUAUGUAUAUAAUAUGUACUUAAGAAUAUGCUGACUUCAAUUAGUAGUCUUAGGAAUUUAUUUUCAAUUAAUGUUAAUUUUCUGCAGGUAAUCUUAGUGUCAUUUCCAUUUGAGGAUAAUGUCAUAUCAACACAUAUUUUCUAUUUGAAAAUACACUGUUGUUUUGUUAAGUUUUAAAUAGAUGUAUUACCCAGGAAGUAAAGACAACAUCUUUAAAAAAAGAGAAAUAUAGUAUUUGGGGCUACCCAAUUAGAAUGAAAAAUUGUUGCAACCAUAUUAUUCCUUGUGUUUCCUGAAUGGAUGGACUUCCCUGUAUACUAACAAGUAUUUUAUGCUUGGACUGUUUCUUGCUUACAAGGUUCUCUUUUCUAGUUCUUCAUACACACACAGACACACACACACACAGAAGAAUGCAAACAAAAUCCUACAGGAGGGCUUCACUGUAAAGAGUCAGUAUAUAUCAUAGUCACAGGUAAGUGUUGAAAAAAGAUAGCUUAGUAAAGUUAAUUAAUAAGAACUAGUUACUUAUAGCAAUAGAACAGCACCUUAAUCACACAACUUACUGUAAAAAAGAGCUCUCUAUCCUCAUGUUUCAUGUUAUGUAAUAAAUUAUAUCAAGAGAGAUAGUCCUGUAAAAAGAAAAGUAUCAUCAAAAGUCUUCCUUUUGAACUUUUGGCAUUAAUUGGAAUGUCUGCGGGUUGAUGCCAGCAACUUCAAAGUUUAGGAGUAAAAUUUACAUUCUCUUCAUAUAAGUAAAAGUAAGAAGUUCUGUAGUGGGAUUUCUGAGGUGUGAUUGAAAGGUAUCUUAUAUCACCCUGAAGAUGGAAUAGUUAUACCAAGAACAGGUUAAUAUGACUAAAUAUUUAAAUAACUGUUAAAUCUCUUACCACAAAACCUGAUGAUGAGGUGAAUCUCUAAGAAAGAGAAUAAAUUGAGACUGGGGCUGAAUAUUUUGCACUAGGGCCCUAAAAAUGUCAAGGAUAUUUGAAUGAUAUCUUCCUAAAAUGAAGGCUGUCUGACAUUAUGGAAACAAUAAGAGCCAUAAUUUCAUCAUUCUGUGCUAGUUGCACUUCCUUCCACUAAGCUAUCAGGUCGAGGAUCCAGGUCAGACAUGAACGAUUACUGGAGAAACCAUUAGUUUUCAGUUCAAUUUUCACAUUGUCUCUGUCCUGGUAUUAGCUAUUUGCCAUGAGAAAGAUAGAAGGAGAUUGGGGAGAGGUAAAGUUUUAGUAUUUGCUUUAAUCACAAAGAACCUAAAGUUCAUUAAAUAUAGGGAGAUUGCUUUUGUGGGUUAUUUCAAGGACUUUGAGGCCCUUCUCACAUUAUUUUUCACCCUCUGAUUCAAAAGGGAAAGUUUCUUCAAAUCACUGAGAUAUUCCCUAGAAUAAGCUGAAAUUUUAAAAACAUGAAUCUAUUGUGCAUAAACUUAAAGCCCCUCCACUUCAUGGCAUGUUCUUCUGAGAGACCUGGAAAAUAUUCAUUCCCAAAUAAAAACUAAAUCGAAAAUGAGAGGGAGAAUCGAAAAUGGUUCCAUAGAGCCAUGAGAGAGGGGAUCUGGACCCAGAAAAUGUAUGCUUUUGUAAGAACUUUCUUAGCUUUACAGUUUAGAUGCAUAAAGAUUUGGUACAAAUUUGAUACAAAUUUGGAUACAAAUUGACUCCCUUUUCAGAUGAAACAAAACCUGCUGAUUCAAUUCUAACUCAGUAUAAAAAUUUUGGUUUGAUAUUCAUUUUCAGCUCCCAAAAAGUUGUACAAGAGCUUUUAUAAGCUGAAUCUCUACCUUAGAAGCAGCCAGAUUUUACAGAUCCAAAUUAACUGUAGAAUGCUUUCAUUACUUUCAUUUUAGGUAAUUUUUAAAUUUAGAUAUUUAAGUAAUACAUAGAUUUGAGAUGUUUGAUUUGCUGAGCAAUACCUUAUAUCAAAUGCUUUGCCUUGAAAUGAUUAUUUCGUUGGCAAUAAUCAUGUAUAAACUAGAAUUGGGCAUUCCCCAAUUUUAUAUACUUGAGAACCAUUUAAAAGAGUCAAAGAGUCGGACACGACUGAGCGACUGAACUGAACUGAUGCAGUUGAAAGAGAAAGCUAAUUUCUGAGCCCAAACUAAAUAUUUAAAGCAGGUACAACUAAACUCAUUUUCCCCAGGAACUGAACUAACCAAAAAAUUAUUUUGUCAUAGUCACUAGUGUUGAAGCAGUGUAAUUACUUUGGAAAAACACUAGAAAGUCAUGAUCUCCACUAUUUUGAAAGGUAUCCUCUGAAAAGAAUCAUUUUAGUGUAAUUUUAUUCUUUUUUUGUUUUUAUCUAGACAAAAUCUUUUUGAAUUAUGACAGGAGAUUAAAACUCUAAGCUGUCUACUAUGUUUACAUUAACACUACAACCAAGACUCCUGUAUCAGAUUAUAAGAGUGGAAAGAUUAAGAGUUAGUGUGUGGGUCUUCAGGAAAAUGAACUAUUUCCUAAGGUCUGACAAGCAGCUUUCUUUUGUAGAGGAUACAAAAUUACAGUAUGGUCUCCUUAAAAGUUCAAUGAUUCUUACGGUUGCAGCAUUUUUAAUAUCCCUUUGGCAUCUUUAUGGAACAAUUUUCUAAAGGGAUAAUUCUCUACUAAAAAAUAUUAGACCCUGACCAUAUUUAACACGCAGAGCAAUGCCUUGACUCACACACUUGUUAAAAGUUAAUAAAGAAAUAGUUCAUUUUUAAAGCCAGGAGUUUAUGGUCUCUGCAUCGUCAAUUUAAUUUAAGCAUUGCUGAGACAAUCUUUAAUCUCCUCCCCAUUUGGUAAUACCUUAUUUAUGAUGCAUUUUCAGUUUUUAAUUUGGGGGGAACGUUUGCCCGACAGAGCCAGCAGAUGAAAGUGCCGAAAGGAGGUCAAAUGGAAACAAAGCCUAUUACCCACUGUAUUUCAGACAGGACCAGGCACUUAGCCGAAGAGCCACUGGGUUAUUAGAUUAAUUUCGAAAGAGCUUUUACAAGUUGCUUAAUUCCAUUUUUUUAAAAACCCAUGGACCACAAACUCAAAUUUCUCCUCAAAUGGGGUUAAUUUGACAAAUGAGGCAUGGACCCAGCGUUGUGGAAAAAGCAUUCCACUAUAAUGAGAUCUUGGUCUUUCUUGUGAGACUACACUAUUUAUGUAAAUAUGUCUAGAGGCACCUACUAUAAGCUUUUAGUUUUCUAUGAUCUAUUAGUUUAGUGUUUAUUAAGGAAUCAUAUGUAUAGAAUUACUAGGCAUUCAAGAGGAAUGCUGUGUAGCAAACGUAAAAAUGAUCUGUUCGGGAGAAACAUAGGAGCGCUUUCAAACCACUGUACUAUUAUGUGAUUAUUUUCCUUGCUUUGAAAGUAAACUGCGUAAGAAUAGGAUUUAUAAUAAAUGCUACGGGCAUCUUCAGUAGUACCAAGCUAAGGCAAUUUGGCAGUCUCCUACUGUGAUGUGUGAUUUAAAAUCCCCCAAAUAAAAGCUUUUUGGUAUUGAUUGUUUUUAAUUAAAAAUACUCCCAAGUAUAAAUUGAAGCUGAUGCCACCCUCGAAGAUUUACUGCCUGGAGUCCUCAGUUCAUAUGGUUUUUCUCGGUGUCGCUCGUGUCUCUGGCAACGAGAACACCUGGUGGAAACAAUCACUGCUCAGCUUUCAUCCACAUUUCCAGCUAGGGAGAUUUUUCAUAACUUCACAGAUUACAUGAGAAACUUUUCUGUAUUAGAAGAAUGGGGUUGAGACAAUUACCUUUUUAGCUCAGUGUGGCGGGACCAUUCGUUGUAGUCAAAUGGCAAAUACACGCUCCUUGAAAUGGCUUCUUUUAUUUUCCUUUGUUUUCUUGGAAGUAUAAAUUUAAAAAGAAUGCAAUUUAAAAAGUGAUUUCUCACAAAGAGUAAAUAUGCCUUUUGCAAAUCAAUUUUUGUAACAAGUUAUUUAUAUGAUAUUACUUAAUAAACUGGUUUUUUUU